UGUCAGGGAAAGGGAAAUGAAGGGGUAAGCAAGAUUGUGCCUGCAAAACACGCUCUCUCAGAGUACAGCUGACAUUAAGAGAAGGCAGGCAUGGUUGCAGACGGACAGGAGGACGAAACAAGGAGCGGGUGAAGGAAAACAAGCCAUCAGCAGUCAUCCUGGGCCUCUUCAUCUCUUCCCAUCUAUACACGGAAACCACUGGAUAAUUUAUAAGCCUCUCCCUCUCACUGAGUGAAUGUGUGUUUGUGUGUGAGAGAGAGGGAGGAUUUUGCUGAGUUCACCACCACCAUGCUGUGUCUUGCUGCUGUCAGUGCAGCUGCUGGAGCUGUCUGGCUGCUGGCAAUGCUGGGCCCGGGCCUGUCUCUUCCAGCUGAGCCCAACUCAGAGCCAGACUUCACCCUCUGCGGUCAUUGUUUCUACAGACAGACGCCUCCUCGGGGACCCUCCGCAGGGCCGCCGCUGCACCCACACUGCCACAAACUGCCCGGGGGACAGACGUUUGCCACUAUGUCCAGGCCGACCUGUGACACAGCUGUCUACUCUGCUUUCCAUCUCAACCAUGGGUGGACAGAGCGGGAGGGAGAGGAGGGGGAAGGUCUCAUGGGAGAGGAGGAAGGAGACGGCAUCAAGGUGGCCGUCCCAGCCCUUCUCAGAGGAGACAGAGAUCCAUCUCAUCCCGUCUCAUCCUCUGGCUCCCCUCUUCAACAGUGGGACUCAACAGUCGCAGCACUGGUCCAGUCAAGCAUCAUUCCCCAGUGCAGCUCUGUGGCAGGAGAUAUCUACGUCCUGACGGGGGCUGGAGGACUCAGGGCAGCCGAGGAUGGAGACCAUAAGUGUCAGGCAAGACCACUGUGGUCAGCAGUGUGCUGUGCUCUUCCAGAAGGAAAAGGUGGUUUCAGUGUGGGGUUAAUCCACGAGUCAGAGAAGGAGGAGAGCCAAGUGAGCUUGAAGGAGCUGGAGCAGAUGCUCGGGAUGGAAGAGCUGUUCUUUGGAGGCUGUGGAGGAGGUGAAGGGGUUACAUUUGAUGCCAGUGUGGGUCUUCGCACUGAUGGGCUCACUGGAAAUACUGACAAAAACGAAGCAGAUGCUGCAGACUUGGAUUCAGAAAAUACUGGCUCAGAUGCAAAUGAAGAUGUAUCAGAGAGAAAAGAGGCAUCAGCAGCUGAUGAACAGGCAGGUGCUGCUGACACCAAGUCAGAGAACGCUGAUGUUGAGCUCAGUCAACAAACCACCACAGAUGCAAUAACUUCAAUGAGAAGCAGUUCUAAAAAUCAUGAUGACCAUGAAACUUUCAGUAACUAUAGAACUGUUAUGGAAGAGGAGAUCGACUCAAAUUCCACCAGCGCUCUGGUCUACAUCCUGUCCACCAGCGUGUCCAUACUUAAAGUUCCUCUGCGCCCUGUAUUCUCUACCAUCACUGAGCUACCCGGACAGGUGUUAUACAUUCUUCAAGAAGAUUUUGGAGUUCUCUCUGCCCUUCCUGGGGACACCGUCACCCUGUUCCACCUCAUUAUCUCUGACACCUUCUCCUGGACGGGCUCAGCCGCAGAAAUGCUGCUGGGUAUCGGGGAGACCUCCGUCUCCAGUGUUCACUACUGCACUUCCUCAAUGUUGGGGGCCCUGCUGAGCAACUGUCAGACUGGGGUCACAGGCAUUCACACCCUGGCUGGAGACUCCGUAGGGAUAUUCUGUGAUGCGCUAGAUAAUGCUUGGUCUGUGACUAAGUUCUUUGGAGGGCGGCUGUGGGAGCAGAGUGAGGGUUAUGUGGGAACAGUGAUGUCAGAGAUUGGGAGUCAAGCACAAUCUGUAGGUGGGGGGUUUGGGAGGCUGGCGUGGAGAAGUGGAAAAGGAAUGGGCAAUGUGUUCAGGAUGGCAGGAAGUUUAAUAAUGGGGAUGAUAGAAACGGUCUUUGGUGGGGUAAGAGAACGCUUUGGGCUAGAGUCAGAAUGAAGGAUAAAAGAAAAAGAGAAAGCCAUAAACUUUAUUUGUUCAUUUUGAUGGUAAUGUUUCUUCACCACACUGGAGUUUUAAAAACAUUUAUUUAAAAAAAAUAAGAUGAUAUUAUUUGAUAUGCCUCAGUUAUUAAAGAAGGAUUUCUAGGUUAUGUUUUUUUUUUCUCUUUUAACCCAAAUGUAUUAAAUUCCAGAUAUCGUACACUGUAGUUCCUAAAGUUUACUGUGGGAAGCUGUCAUCCUGAACAAUCUGCUGUACCUGAAAGCUAUUGAAAAGAAUUAAUGAUAACACUGUGCACAAUAUGCUUUUGGAUGCAAAUGCUCAAGAUACUUUGCAUGGAAAUUGCUACAUGUGUAUAUUUGAAUAAAAAAAGAAU